CUUAAUAUGACUGAUCGUUAACACAUUCACUCAAGCUGCAUAAGCAGUGGAUCAUCUUAAGCUUGUUCAUGUUUAGAUGUUGUUUUAUUAAUUUUUAUCAUUUUUACAACUCAAGUGAUUCCAGUGAUUGAACAGUGUUCUUUCUUUUCGAGAAAUAAGUGUAUUGUGUGUUAAAAUGGCGCUGAAUUCGGCCUAUUUGUGUCUCUUUGGGAUCGUGUUUAUCGCCUUUGCCGUACAAAUGGUUGUAACCAUCAAAUGCUGGGAAUGUCGCUCAGAUUCCGACCCAAAAUGUGCCGAUCCCUUCGACAAUAGCACACUCUCGAUUACUGAUUGCGUACAGGUGGAAUCGAAAGAACAUUUACCUAAUGUGAGGGCUACAAUGUGUCGUAAAAUUAGACAGAAAGUUCAUGGUGAAUGGCGCUAUUUCCGCAGCUGUGCAUUCAUGGGGGAACCAGGUAUCGAGGGAGACGAGCGCUUCUGUCUGAUGCGAAGUGGAACCUAUAACAUCUUCAUGGAAUAUUGUACCUGCAAUAGUAAAGACGGAUGUAACAGUGGCUCCCAAUUUACCCCGAAACUUAUUACGGUGGGAUUGAUAACGAUGUUCAGCUUCGUCGUGUAUCGUAUCGUCUUCUAAAAUAAUUUUCCUCCUCAAGCACUCGGCAACUAUCCGGCGGGUUUUAGUAAUGUAGUCAGUGUUAACUGAACUAAUUCCAAUUGUGUACCUUUGCUGCUACGUUAAGAGUUUUACUUGAUCAUUUUGCGAUCAAAUGCCAUUGUCUUCGAUCGUUUUAGUUUGCUGGCGUUUGAGCCAGACUGCAUUAUUUUAAGCUACGAGUCCGUCCAAAUGUGCACUUAAUUACUUUCAGCUGUAGUUUGGAGCUGAGAAUAUUUUUUCAGGUUUAUUAGUUAUUGUACAUAUAGUAUAGUGCAUUUAUUGUAGGUCUAAAUGAAAUUAUUCCUCCGUCCAAGAGAACAAAUUUUAUAACUGAAGAGGCACUGAAAAAUCGUCUCUUUUAGCCUAUGUUUGAUUUUUAUUUAUUUGAUGGGUAAAAUAUUUCAAUGAUUUGGUGGUAUCAAUCCAACUAUCAAAGGGAUCAGACAAGUGGAAUGAGAGAGACAUAAGUUAAUUUUCAAGUUAUAACACAAGAUUAUAAAUAUAAAUUUGUUUUCAAAUCAAUAGAAUUAUUCACACUUCUGUUUACAUUAAAAUUGAUUAUCAAUGAUAAUAUAUGAUGUUUGACUGUAUCAUUUAAAAUAAAUAUAACUGACGAAUGCCGGUGUCUCAUAGUUUU